AUGGACACCAGAUCAACAACCGCUAUGUCUGAGGUGAACAAACAGCUCGAAGAAAUCCGUUCAUCACAAUCACAGCAAUCAAAAGCAAUAAGAAAAUAUUUGGGAGGAGAAAUCGCAGAACUCAAAACGAUGAUCUCACAAAUCUUAAAGGCUUCGCCUCUCGAACACACUCAAUCCGCCUCUACACCCAAGCCAACAGACGCCUCUUCAUCAGACCAGAGCAACAUCAAAACUGCUCCAUCCGAUGCAGAACACCAUCCACCACUACCCCACGCAUUCUCAUCUCGCUUGACCAAGGUAGGAUUUCCUAUGUUCGACGGAACAGAACUCAAAGAAUGGAUUUACCGAUGCGAACAAUUCUUUUCCAUCGAUAACACCUCACCAGAGUUAAAAGUCCGUUUGGCCUCUCUUCACAUGACCGGAAAAUCUCUCCAAUGUCACCAUGGAUAUAUUGCAAAUCGCUACAACAUAUAUCCUCUAUGGCCAGAUUACGUCAGCGCUAUAUCUUCACGAUUUGGCGACCUGUACUACGACCCUCUCACCGAACUUGUUAGCUUAAAACAAGCAAGCGACCCUAUUGAUGUCUAUCUGGAAAAUUUUGAUUGUGCGAUGACACGACUCACACUUCCACCAGAGCAUGCUUUGAGCAUCUUCUUAACCAACAUGAACCAACAUCUCCCCCUACACGUUAGACAAUUUAACGUGACCACAGUGGCUGAAGCAGCACGCAUAGCAAAACUUCAUGAGCUCUCAUUUCAACAUACCCCGGCAAAGACGACUAGAUCUUCUUUCAACCCCUAUCAGAAGCACAAUUCAUCAUCAUCAAACCAAACCACAACUACAAACACAACACCUAACCUGAAACCUCUCCUCCCGAAUACAAAUCACAAACGUCUCACAUUCGACGAGAUGCAGGAACGUAAACGGAAAGGUUUAUGUAUGUUCUGCGAGGAACCAUUCACCCUGGGCCACCAUCUGAAACAUAAACGUGCUCAGAUACUAUAUCUUGAUGUCGACCAAGGAGAUUUUUCUGAAAACGAAGAAGAUGAUGCACCCGCCACUGACGUCACUAUAGAGGAUCAGGAUCAUAAAGUCCCCACGAUCUCAGUCCAUGCUCUUAAUAGCUCACCGACAUAUAACUGCAUGAGAAUCAUGGGCCAAUACGGGAAGAGAAAACUACACAUAUUCAUUGAUCCAGGAAGUACCCAUAACUUUGUCGAUCUACAAAUGGCUAAGGUUUUAGGUUGCAAUCUCAAAGCAAUCAAACCAAUGACAGUACUCGCGGCCAGUGGAGAUUUAAUCACCAAUUACAAGUGCAGCGACUUCACAUGGAAGACACAAGGAUAUGAAUUCCAAGCUGAAGUAAGAACUCUACCCCUUGGCUGUAGCGAUCUCGUCCUCGGUGUUCAAUGGCUCUCCACAUUAGGACCAAUUUUAUGGGACUUUUUGAACCUCCGUAUGGAAUUCAAAUUCAACGGCUUGAAGCACGUCCUCCGGGGAAUCACUCCAAACGAUUCAAAAGUCAUCUCCAGCAGUAGCUUAAAUAAGUUAAUGCUACAUGAACCGCAACUGGCACUUCUACACCUUCAGGAAGUCGACAAUACAGAGUCAUCACAAGGACUCAACCCCGAAACGAUUCUAUACCACAUUGAAGCCAGCGGUACCGAACCUGACACAUCAGGCUCACUACAGAUCCUCCUCGAUUCCUAUUCAGACAUCUUUGAUGAACCCACCGAACUCCCUCCUUUCCGUAAGGGAUUUAACCAUAAAAUACCUUUGGAAUCCGGAGCUAAUCCAGUCAACUUACGGUUUUAUCGCUACUCGUCGCUACAGAAAGAUGCAAUCGACAAAAUGAUCCAGGAGAUUCUAACUCAAGGAAUCAUUCAAUAUAGCUCGAGCCCGUAUGCAUCCCCAGUGGUUCUUGUAAAGAAAAAAAGAUGGGUCUUGGCGUCUUUGUGUCGAUUACAGAGGUCUCAACAAACAAACCAUCAAAGACAAAUAUCCAAUGCCUCUCCUAGAAGAUCUACUUGA